AACAUUCCUAUUUGUAGUUUUCAUAUGAAUAAUGUUAAUGGUAGACACUGUUUUGGAGCAAUUUCAUUUAUCAAAUGGGAGCCUCGUAUAGCGAAUUGGGAGAUUUUGAAAUACUUUGGAGUUUUACAACUAAUACCCCUCGAAUGUUUAUGUACUAGAAAGGAUUCUAGAUUAUUGGAAUUUUUGAAGAGUGUAACACUCCAAGAUAAUUCAAGAAGUGAAAAACAGAGGAUUUUUCAGUAUGACCCUCAUUCAUGAACAACAAGUAUGAUGCAUAGCUUUACAAGGAAAUUCAGUAUGACAUUUGGGAUACUAUUCAAAGAAGAUUCUUGUCAGAAACUCCCUUUUAAAGCUCGAAAGAUCGUUGCCUAUCUAUGAACACAAAAGUUGUGCACUUUCCUUUGUGGUAGUUUCCUCUGUUAACCUUUCCAUUUUCCGUUGGCUUUGGUUCUACCAGUAGUGGCAUCAACUCUUCUUUGAACUAUUAGAAAUAUUCAACCAGUUACUGCUUUAAAAAAAAGUAACAUAAGUAUUGGCUGUGAGCGUUUGUAUUGAAUAUUGAUCAAAUUACUCGGCAAACUCAACAAUUUUCAGGAGGCUUCAAAUAAAAAGCAAUACAAUGUA